AUGCCUUAAAUGAGAACGGUAGUUGAGAAUUUCUCUGUGACAGAGUUUAUCCUCGCAGGCUUAACCAACCAAAUGAAACUCCAGAUCCCCCUCUUCUUCCUGUUUCUAGAUUUCUACAUGGUCAUUGUGGUGGGGAACUUGGGUUUGAUAACCCUGACUGAACAGAACUCUCACCUGCACACCCUCAAGUACUUUUUCUUCUAUAACUUGUCCUUCAUAGAUUUCCACUGUUCCACUGUAUUCACUCCCAAAGUGCUGAUGAGUUUUGUCUCAAAGAAGAACAUCAUUUCCUAUGCAGGGUGUGUGAUUCAGCUCUUCUUUCUUUUCUUCGUUGUCUCUGAGUCUUUCACCCUAUCUGCAAUGGCGUAUGACCACUAUGGCACCAUCUGUGAUCCACUGGUAUACACGGCCACUGUGUCUCCCCAGGUCUGCCUGUUCCUUUUCUUGGUUGUCUAUGGGAUGGGGUUUCCUGGGGCUAUGGCCCACAUGGUGUGCAUGAUCAGGCUGACCUUCUGUGUCAACAAUCUCAUUGACCACUCUGUGUGUGACAUCCUUCUUUCCCUUCUCAUGCGCUCUUGCACCAUCACCCAUGUGAAUGAGAUGGUGGCUUUUGUUGUGAGCAUUGAUACUGGUGUGCCCACAGUUACCAUCUUCAUUUCUUAUGCCCUCAUCUCCUCCAACAGUCUCAGUAUUCAUUCCACUGAGGGCAGUUUCAAAGACUUCAGUACCUACGGUUCCCACAUAAUUGCAGUUUCUCUUCUCUUUGGGUCAAGGGCAUUCAUGUACCUCAAGCCAUCUUCUCUUUUACCUGUGAACCAGAGGAAAGUAUCCUCCUUGUUCUAUAUUACUGUGGUGCCCGUGCGCAACUUGGUAAUCUAUAGCCUGAGGAAUAAAGACAUCAACAUUGCUUUGGAAAAAAAAAAAAACCUUGAGCAAAACAUCAUUCCCCUUAGAAAAAGGCAAUACUAG